AUGAAAACAACAACUACGCUGCUGCUGCAAGGCCUCUGGCUGGCCGGGUUCGCUAUGGCGCAGGACUCGUCAUCAUCACAGGAAGUCAGAACACUCUCUGGUUCAGAUAGGCGAUUGACCAGCGAGGUAUCGCAAGUUACCCUUCCCUCUGACUUCGAGGGAAGCAGCUUUGCAACAGGCACAAUGUCCAUGUCUGGCGUUUCUGUCAGCACUGGCGCACCCAAUACCACCGCCUCCAUGUCAUCAACAUCCAAAACCAAUACUCUCACACAGCUCGUUGGUGGCACGCCGACAACUUUGAACGGAACUGCAAGCAGUACUUCUGCAGCACCUCAACCGUCCAAUACCCAGCCCUGCAACAACUACCCCGAAUUUUGUACGCGGAAAUAUUCGAAUAUCACAGAAGUCUGUGCCCACAAUUCACCGUUCGCUGUCAAGAGAAACGUUGGCUCGAACCAGGCAUACGGAGUUACAGCGCAAUUGAACGAUGGUAUCCGGAUGCUACAAGGCCAAACCCACGAUGUCAACGGCACUCUGCACUACUGUCAUACAUCCUGCGAUCUCCUCGAUGCUGGCACCGUCGAGGACUACUUCCGUGACGUUACGAAUUGGCUACAGUCGAACCCAUUCGAGGUCGUCACCAUCCUAGUUGGGAACUACGAUUAUGAGAAGAAAGACGACAAUGGCAAUCCGCUGGUCACAUCUAAGAACUACGUCGACCCGAUCGAGAAGUCCGGCCUGAUGCCCUAUAUCUACCAACCACCCAAGACAGCCAUGGAGGUCGACGACUGGCCGACUCUGGGUGAAUUGAUCAUCAGCGGCAAGCGAGUCAUCAUGUUCAUCGACUACAACUACGACACCGACGCCGUCCCAUUCAUGCUCUGGGAGUUCUACAACAUGUGGGAGACCCCCUUCUCGCCAACAGACAUCAACUUCCCCUGCACCAUCGACCGCCCGGACGGCAUCAGCGACGAGAAGGCUAAAAAGAUGCUCUACAUGGCGAACCACAACCUGAACGUCGAAGUCAGCAUCGGCUCAUUGAGUCUUCUGAUACCAAACACUGUCCAGCUCAAUGUCACCAACGGCCUCAACGGCACCGGAAGCCUUGGUCUCCAAUCUAACCGAUGCACCGACGACUGGGGCCGCCCGCCAAAUUUCCUCCUAGUAGACUACUACAAUGAGGGCUCCUUCAACGGCUCCGUCUUCGAGGUCGCCGCCAGAGCCAACAACGUAACCUACGACCGCGAGUGCUGCGGCACGAAGUCGCUCGCCGCGCCCAUACUCUCCGGUCCCUCGGCACCGUUCCUUGGCCUCGUCGUCGCGGUCGCUUUCUCGUUGUUCUUGUAG